AUGGUUCCUUGGCUUGUAGGUUUCCUACUUGCGGUUCUUCUGCUCAGUAGAAAUGUUGCCGCCUUAUGUCAGCCACUGAGUCUCACUGCUACAGGUUUCAAUGUCAAUUUUUAUAACUACGGGUUGUACAGCCAAGCUGGAUGGUCAGAUGACUUUUUUACUGGCGGUUACAAAGAUGCCGGACUCUUACAUUCCAUGGGGAAUGUCGUUGACAUUAACUUCAGUUUGCUUCAAACUCCACCUUAUUAUGCCCUGUAUAACCUUAUCUAUGGCUACAAUUUGACUGUGUCCAAUUUUUCGAUGGAGCUCACUGGAUACUUCAGGGCCCAACAUACAGGAACAUACACCUUUAGUAUCGUCGCCGAUGAUGGAGUCACUAUUCAAUUUGGUAAUGGUGUUUACUGUUGUGGCGAUGUCAGCGGUGCAUUGGGUGAUACCAGCUUUGUUAUCAACUCUUUGAGAGGACCGGGCGGUGAACCACCAGCGGCCUAUAAUUCCUUCAGUGUUUCUUUACAAAGUGGUCGGUACUAUCCCAUGAAAUUAGUCUUCUUCAAUUGGAAUGGUGCAUUGGAACUCGAUGUCUCUUACGUCGAUCCCUUAAAUAACCUUGUCCGUGUAUACGAUAACGUUUACCAAGCAGAGUUUGCGUCUGAGGUUUGUCAAGUCGAAACUCAGACCACAACUUGGUCGGGUACUUUUACUCUGACGUAUACUACUCAGUUUACCACCUAUACAUCCGGUGGUACUGUUUACUCUAAAGAAAUUAUAGGAGUUGAAGUACCUCAGUCAACUACUACAAGGGCAUGGACUGGGUCCUACCUCACUACAACAACUGGGCCAGUGACUGUAACAUCAGGAGUACUGACUUACACAACUACCGCGGUCAUAGUCGAGACUCCAAUGUCUACUUCAACAACUACCAGGCCCUGGAGUGGAUCUGAUACUACGACGUUCACGACGUUGACGGUUGUUACUUCGGACAGUACCACCUUCACAGAGCACUUAGUUGUGAUUCAGACUCCUACUAUUCCAAUCUCCACCACCACUGUGCCAUGGACUGGCAACUACACAACUACAGUUACUGGACCAGUUACUAUCACAUCGGGUUCAAUUGUCUACACUACCAGCGCAGUUACUGUUGAAGUUCCGAUGCCAACAGAGACUACUACUGAACCUUGGAAUGGAUCAGGCACUACGACGUUCACGACGUUGACGGUUGUUACUUUAGACAGUACUACGUUCACAGAGCACUUAGUUGUGAUUCAGACUCCUACUAUUCCAAUCUCCACCACUACCGUUGCAUGGACUGGCAAUUAUACCACUACAGUUACUGGACCAGUUACUAUCACAUCGGGUUCAAUUGUCUACACUACCAGCGCAGUUACUGUUGAAGUUCCGAUGCCAACAGAGACUACUACUGAACCUUGGAAUGGAUCAGGCACUACGACGUUCACGACGUUGACGGUUGUUACUUCGGACAGUACCACCUUCACAGAGCACUUAGUUGUGAUUCAGACUCCUACUAUUCCAAUCUCCACCACCACUGUGCCAUGGACUGGCAACUACACAACUACAGUUACUGGACCAGUUACUAUCACAUCGGGUUCAAUUGUCUACACUACCAGCGCAGUUACUGUUGAAGUUCCGAUGCCAACAGAGACUACUACUGAACCUUGGAAUGGAUCAGGCACUACGACGUUCACGACGUUGACGGUUGUUACUUCGGACAGUACCACCUUCACAGAGCACUUAGUUGUGAUUCAGACUCCUACUAUUCCAAUCUCCACCACUACCGUUGCAUGGACUGGCAAUUAUACCACUACAGUUACUGGACCAGUUACUAUCACAUCGGGUUCAAUUGUCUACACUACCAGCGCAGUUACUGUUGAAGUUCCGAUGCCAACAGAGACUACUACUGAACCUUGGAAUGGAUCAGGCACUACGACGUUCACGACGUUGACGGUUGUUACUUCGGACAGUACCACCUUCACAGAGCACUUAGUUGUGAUUCAGACUCCUACUAUUCCAAUCUCCACCACCACUGUGCCAUGGACUGGCAACUACACAACUACAGUUACUGGACCAGUUACUAUCACAUCGGGUUCAAUUGUCUACACUACCAGCGCAGUUACUGUUGAAGUUCCGAUGCCAACAGAGACUACUACUGAACCUUGGAAUGGAUCAGGCACUACGACGUUCACGACGUUGACGGUUGUUACUUCGGACAGUACCACCUUCACAGAGCACUUAGUUGUGAUUCAGACUCCUACUAUUCCAAUCUCCACCACCACUGUGCCAUGGACUGGCAACUACACAACUACAGUUACUGGACCAGUUACUAUCACAUCGGGUUCAAUUGUCUACACUACCAGCGCAGUUACUGUUGAAGUUCCGAUGCCAACAGAGACUACUACUGAACCUUGGAAUGGAUCAGGCACUACGACGUUCACGACGUUGACGGUUGUUACUUCGGACAGUACCACCUUCACAGAGCACUUAGUUGUGAUUCAGACUCCUACUAUUCCAAUCUCCACCACCACUGUGCCAUGGACUGGCAACUACACAACUACAGUUACUGGACCAGUCACUAUCACAUCAGGUUCAAUUAUCUACACUACCAGCGCAGUAACUGUUGAAGUUCCAAUGUCUACUAUCACGACUACCGUGCCAUGGUCUGGAACUUUUACUUCAACUUACACCACAUUAACCACUGUGGAAAACGACAGUACUACUUACACCGAGCAUGUUGUAGUUAUUGAGACUCCUACAGCCGGACUCUCAACGACUACAGUUCCAUGGACUGGCAACUACACAACUACAGUUACUGGACCAGUCACUAUCACAUCAGGUUCAAUUAUCUACACUACCAGCGCAGUAACUGUUGAAGUUCCAAUGUCUACUAUCACGACUACCGUGCCAUGGUCUGGAACUUUUACUUCAACUUACACCACAUUGACCACUGUGGAAAACGACAGUACUACUUACACCGAGCAUGUUGUAGUUAUCGAGACUCCUACAGCCGGACUCUCAACGACUACAGUUCCAUGGACUGGCAACUUCACAACUACAGUUACUGGACCAGUCACUAUCACAUCAGGUUCAAUUGUCUACACUACCAGCGCAGUAACUGUUGAAGUUCCAAUGUCUACUAUCACGACUACCGUGCCAUGGUCUGGAACUUUUACUUCAACUUACACCACAUUGACCACUGUGGAAAACGACAGUACUACUUACACCGAGCAUGUUGUAGUUAUUGAGACUCCUACAGCCGGACUCUCAACGACUACAGUUCCAUGGACUGGCAACUACACAACUACAGUUACUGGACCAGUCACUAUCACAUCAGGUUCAAUUAUCUACACUACCAGCGCAGUAACUGUUGAAGUUCCAAUGUCUACUAUCACGACUACCGUGCCAUGGUCUGGAACUUUUACUUCAACUUACACCACAUUAACCACUGUGGAAAACGACAGUACUACUUACACCGAGCAUGUUGUAGUUAUUGAGACUCCUACAGCCGGACUCUCAACGACUACAGUUCCAUGGACAGGUUCGUUUACCAACACGGUAACUGGACCAGUCACCGUGACGUCAGGAUCAGUAGUGUACACCACUAGUGUUGUUACUGUUGAAGUUCCAAUGUCUACUAUCAGGACUACCGUGCCAUGGUCUGGAACUUUUACUUCAACUUACACCACAUUAACCACUGUGGAAAACGACAGUACUACUUACACCGAGCAUGUUGUAGUUAUUGAGACUCCUACAGCCGGACUCUCAACAACUACAGUUCCAUGGACAGGUACAUUCACCACGACUAUCACUGGGCCUGUAACUGUGACGACUGGCUCACUGGCAUAUAUUACCAGUGCUGUUACUGUUCAAGUUCCUGAAUCCAGGUACACGACAACUAUUCCAUGGACUGGAAGCUUCACUCAAACAUAUACUACUAUGACGACUGUCACAUAUGACAGUACGACUGUGACAGGGCCAUUGAUUGUGAUUGAAACGCCAAUGUUCACAAAGUAUACCAACAGCACUUCGUCAGGAAUUAUACCUCUGAGUGCGAGUGAACAGUCUAGCGCUUUGAGCUCAACCUUCGUAGGGUCAAAUUCUGACUCCACAACAACAUGCCUUAAUAGCCAGUGUUCACCCCUAACUCUGAAAUCCUCGAUUAGUUUCAGUACUUCCGAAGUUGAGUCAAGUGUUUCUUCCACCAUAUCUGGCGUUGUAACUGACAGUACAGAUACCACUACAGUUGAUAGUACUGUUGACACUUCAGUCGACUCUAAUGCCCGAACUUCAACGUAUACUACACCUGAAACUACUGCUGAUACUACUGGUCACACUGGUAUUGGUAUUACAACUCAGACUACCAUUGACACUACCACUGAUGCAGCCAUUACCACUUACAGUACAUUGAGAUAUACUACAAUCACUUACAUCUCAUCUGCCACUGAACAAAAUGGUUCAGGCUCGGGAUCAGGCUCAGGUUCUGAAUCAGGAUCAGGCUCAGGCUCAGGAUCAGGCUCAGGCUCGGGAUCAGGCUCAGGUUCUGAAUCAGGCUCAGGCUCGGGAUCAGGCUCAGGCUCAGGAUCAGGCUCAGGCUCGGGAUCAGGCUCAGGUUCUGAAUCAGGCUCAGGCUCAGGCUCGGGAUCAGGCUCAGGCUCAGGCUCAGGCUCAGGCUCAGGCUCAGGCUCAGGCUCAGGCUCAGGCUCAGGCUCGGGAUCAGGCUCAGGCUCAGGCUCAGGCUCAGGCUCAGGCUCAGGCUCAGGCUCAGGCUCAGGUUCAGGCUCAGGCUCAGGUUCAGGUUCAAGCUCAGGCUCAGGCUCAGGCUCAGGCUCAGGUUCAGGUUCUGAAUCAGGCUCAGGCUCAGGUUCUGAAUCAGGGUCAGGCUCGGGAUCAGGGUCAGGCUCGGGAUCAGGGUCAGGGUCAGGCUCGGGAUCAGGGUCAGGUUCUGAACCAGGCUCAGGCUCAGGCUCAGGCCCAGGAUCAGGCUCAGGCUCGGGAUCAGGCUCAGGUUCUGAAUCAGGCUCAGGCCCAGGCUCGGGAUCAGGCUCAGGCUCAGGCUCAGGCUCAGGCUCUGAUACAUCCAGCUUACUCAACUCUUCUACUGUGCAUUCUUUGUUUGAGGGCUCAGGAGCUAAACACUCGAUGCCCUUCGCAAUGCUUUUAUUCGCAUGGAUACCCUUAAUCUGA